AUGUCGUUGAACAUGUUGCCCGACGAACGCGAGAGGAUACCAUCGAUCCCUUCUCAUUUCGACUAUAUUGCUAGGAAUUCCGCAGCGUUCAUCAAUAGUACCGUGGUUGGUGAAAGCUCUGCAGCUCCUCUUAGAAGAGCAUGGAAUGACAAUGGAGUGCUACCCGAGAAACGUCAGAAUGGAGGCCUACCAACAGCUGCAGAUCUAUUCGUCCCUUCUUUACCAGGUAUACCCAAUCUCGCUUCUCAUCCUACACAUCCUCUGAAUCUCUAUGCUGGUGAGAUCCCUUCCUAUCCUGGUGAAGGUAAAGGCGGCGGUGAUGGAGAUACUGGUAAAGAUGCCAAGCUCUUCUUUAUGAUGGCGAAAGCACGUAGGUCUGCAGGCAAAGAAAGAGUACUCUUUUGGUUCAAUGGGGGCCCAGGAUGUUCAUCAUUCGACGGAUCAUUGAUGGAGGUAGGACCGUUCAGGACAGUUCCUGCGUCGGAAUCAGAAUCAGGACAAGUAGAAGUAAAACUGGUAGAAGGCGGUUGGGAGGAAUACGCAAAUGUUGUUUUUAUCGACCAACCUCCGGGUACUGGGUUCUCUUAUGUGCCUACCAACGGGUAUCUGCAUGAACUGGAUCAGGGCUCAGCACAUCUCAUCCAAUUCUUGCAGAAUUUUUACAAGAUCUUCCCGGAAUUGAAAGGUGUUGAUGCAUAUCUUGCUGGAGAAUCGUUCGCCGGUCAAUACAUUCCUUAUUUUGCCGACGGAAUUCUAAAGUCACCUGAAAUGGGAGAUUUCCCUUUGAAGGGAAUUGCUAUAGGUAACGGAUGGAUAGAUCCGAUACAGCAAUAUCCUGGAUAUGUGGAUUUUGCGUAUGAGAAAGGGUUGAUCAAGCAUGGCACACCGGAAGCGGAAAAGAUGGAUUCGGCGUUGAAGAAUUGUCAAGACUCGAUGACAAAAUACACAGAUCCGUUUAAGACGCCAUCAAACAUAGAUCAUUGUGGUGAAGUGAUGGACUCAGUGACUGAUGCCUAUAUCCAAGAACUGAACGGGAAGAAAGUCUGUAUGAACGUAUACGACGUCAGACUGGUAGACGAUUGGCCUGCGUGUGGUAUGAACUGGCCACCAGAUUUAUCGGACGUUUAUACCUUCUUACGACGCAAAGACGUCAUUGAAGCGUUACAUGCCAGAGAAAAGGAGACUGCAUGGGUCGAAUGUGAUGGCAAAGUCUCAGCCGAACUACACCUCAGAAAUUCACCCGCUGCAGGAGCCCUGAUCCCCGGUAUACUAGAAAAAGGUGUCCCGGUCUUGAUGUUUGCUGGAAUGGAAGAUUUGAUAUGUAAUUACAAAGGUGUGGAGAACAUCGUGAAUAACCUAGUUUGGGAGGGUCAGCAAGGUAUAGGCAAUGCUACGGAACAAAAAUGGUAUCUUAACGAUACUCAAGUUGGAACAUGGCAAUCUGCCAGAGGUAUGCAAUUUGCAAAGAUCUUUGACUCAUCUCAUAUGGUCGGCUUUGAUGUACCUCACGUCACAAAUGAUAUGAUUAUGCGGUUCAUGGAUGUUGAUCUAUCACUUCUGCCAGGAUUGGCGGCUCAAUCGAGUUCCCGUCUAGGAGAUAGCGAACGAGUAGUGAUUGGUCUCGGUGCUACCGCAGCAGCUGGAAUGCCGCUUUUGAAAGGUGGAGCAACGGAUUGGGAUGCGUGGUACAAUAUAAUCUCUGCAAUUUUGAUGCUUCUCAUUUUGCUCUCCAUCGUAGCUCUGUAUUUCUACUUUAGACGCAGAGGUUCUUUGAGAAGGUCAAGGAUUGGCUUGGGUAUGCCAAGAGAAGAUGGAGAUGGAGAUGAGAGAAUUCCAUUAGGUUCAGAGAGGGUCGAGAUGGAUGACAUUGAACGUGCGGAAAGAUAUAAUGAGGAAUAUUUAGAUGGCGAUAGUGAAAACAGGAAGAGAAAGGGAAAAGGUAAAGAGAGAUUUGACGACGAUGCAAGAGGUCAAACUGUUUUUGCUUUGGGUGAUGAAGAUGAUGAUCGAUGA